AUGGGCCAGAAGCUCUCCGGGAGCCUCAAGUCGGUGGAGGUUCGAGAGCCCGCGCUACGGCCGGCCAAGCGGGAGCUGCGGGGCGCAGAGCCAGGGCGGCCAGCGCGGCUGGACCAGCUGCUGGACAUGCCUGCGGCGGGGCUGGCUGUGCAGCUGCGACACGCGUGGAACCCUGAGGACCGUUCACUCAAUGUCUUCGUCAAGGAUGACGACCGGCUCACCUUCCACCGGCACCCGGUGGCCCAAAGCACUGACGGCAUCCGCGGCAAGGUGGGCCAUGCCCGCGGCCUGCAUGCCUGGCAGAUCCACUGGCCAGCUCGGCAGCGGGGCACCCACGCGGUUGUGGGUGUGGCCACGGCGCGGGCACCCCUGCACUCGGUAGGCUACACGGCGCUGGUGGGCAGUGACGCCGAGUCGUGGGGCUGGGACCUGGGCCGCAGUCGCCUCUACCACGAUGGCAAGAACCGUCCCGGAGUGGCCUACCCGGCCUUCCUGGGGCCCGAUGAAGCCUUCGCAUUGCCGGACUCGCUGCUUGUGGUGCUGGACAUGGACGAGGGCACGCUCAGCUUCGUUGUGGACGGCCAAUACCUAGGCGUGGCCUUUCGGGGUCUCAAGGGCAAGAAGCUGUACCCGGUGGUGAGUGCUGUGUGGGGCCACUGUGAAGUCACCAUGCGCUACAUCAAUGGCCUUGACCCCGAGCCCCUGCCGCUGAUGGACCUGUGCCGGAGAUCCAUCCGUUUGGCCCUGGGCCGCCAGCGCCUCCGGGACAUCGGCUCCCUGCCUCUGCCUCAGUCUCUCAAAAACUAUCUGCAGUACCAGUGACCCGGGUUGGGAGGCGCCGAUGGGCAGCAGUGGGCACUGCCCGCUGGCCUGGACUUUCAUUUCAAGAGAACUUUCAGGAAGGGGUCUUCCUCCUCACCCUGGUUCCCCAGAACUUUCAUUUCUUUGAAAAGCCAGGAUGUGUUCCCAACUUCAAAAAUGAAUGUCUGUUGCCAACAGUAUUUGCUGCCUUAGAAGCAGCUCUCCCAAGUCCCCACACCUCCUUGGAAGCCACGAAGAACCCCAGGGCCUCUGCCUGCCAACCAAGACUCAGCAGCCACCGGUAUU